UAUACCAAGGCUAGGAGAUACCAAGACACAUAUCAUUGUGUUUAUUCUCCGAGUACUUUGUAAUAUCAUAUUAUAAUAUUAUAUCAUAUUAUAAUAUUAUAACAUUUCAGGGGCUGCUGUGCUUUGCAUUGAUUUUCAGCAACCUCAGUUAGAAUAUCAUUAAGGUGGGAAAGGUGGAGGGGAUUUAUUAUUCUUUUCUAUUCCUGCUGUUGUUGGACUUCCAUCUUGGAUAGCACUUCUUUGUCAUGAUGCCAAGGCGCGGUCGGGGGAAACGAGGCCAGCUUGCCACUUCCCAUAGGAGAUCCACAGCCUUGCCCAUGCGAGCACCCCGUUUCCCAAGCCCUGUAGAAGAUGUAGCUGUUUCCCAUCAAGCCGUGGCUGUAGUUGCCACUGGCAUGACUUCAUUACAUGCAAAAGAGGAAGGAUGUCUGUCAACAGUCCAUGACUUCUUUUCUUACCUUAAGGAGAGAGAAGAGGAGGAGGAGGACACCAUGGAGCUAGGAGCCUACUCACCGAGUCCGACGAUGUCUACCCAUCUUGUGGUGAAACAGCCCUGUCGUCCAGAUGUAUGUCAAGUGCUCUCCUACUUGAAGAAGGAAGAUGAAGAGGAAGAUGUUGCUGAGGUAGGCUCGAUGUCACCACCAAAUAGUCUCCCACCUUCAGCUACCUCUCCUCCACAUUCUUCUUAUACCUCCCCAACCACUUUGGGCACAGCUGUUUACCCAACUGGCAUGGAGAUGCUGCAUUACUUCACUCCCAUGGCUCACACCUUGUUUUCUUCUUCCCAUCCAAAGCGGGGACGUGAUGUGAUGGUGGAGUCCAUCCCGCCCCCGGUGCCCAAGAAGACCACCUCGGCAGUCUGGGAUUACUUCACGCUUGACCCUCGGGAGUCAUGUGUGGCCGUCUGCAGCAUGUGUCAGAGGCGGGUGAGACGGGGCAAGGACGGUGGCACUCGCCCGGGCACGACGGCCCUCCACAAGCACUUGAAGGUGCACCAUGGUCUCCAUUUGCCCGGGGUUGCUGUGGUGCCCCCCUCACCUCUGAUGCCCCUGAAGGAGAGGCCGCAUACGUCUACCACACUUGCCCCCGAACCAGUCUCUCCGGCCUUCCAAUUGGUCCGUCAGGAGCAGAGUCAGCCCUACUAUCCUCCCACACACCCUAUGGCCCUCCAGUUGGCUUCAGAUACCGCUUGGAUGCUGGCGGUGGAUAUGCAUCCUCUCUCCUAUGUAGACAACGAAGGAUUUCGGCGGCUGAUGGCCACUGCCCAGCCUCGUUGGAAGAUCCCGAGCCGGACCUUCUUUGCCACCAAAGCUGUUCCCGAGUUGUCUAAGGUGGUGUCCAGAGCCGUACGCCAAGUUGUGGCCGGAAGCGUGGGCCGCACGGUGCACGUCACCGUCGACAUCUGGGACAGUGAGCAGGCAGCCACUUACAUGUCUGUAACAGGGCACUGGGUGGCUGAAUUUGCUGGCAUCCUCUCCCGGAAGCAUGCUACCCUGUCUGUCUGCGCCUUUGAGGUGCCUUGCUCUCCAGAUGAUAUUUGCCACAAGUUGCAGGAAGUCCUGCAGGACUGGCUGUAUGACCUGAAGACCGGGGGAGUGGUCUCGGACAGUGGGAACAACGUGGCGAAAGCUUUGCGGGAACUGCGGCUCAAGCAUGUCCCUUGCUUGGCCUGCUGCUUGAGGCUAGUGGCCAAAGCCUUCUUGGCCACCGAUGCUCAGGUUGGACGGCUCCUGAAUACAUGCAGGAGGAUCUGCAGUCACUAUAGUCACUCUUCCACCGUCCGCCGUCGCCUUCUGGAAGUGCAAGCCAACUUGGGCCUGCACCAGCCCAUGAGGCAAGAAGCCAGGGCGAGGUCCAUCUCCACCUUACAGAUGCUGGAGCACCUCUACUGGCAACGGCAAGCCAUCACCGCCAUGUUGGAUGAGGAUGACGAAGAUGACGACAACAAUGGCUCCCAUCUGUGCUUGACUCCCGCAGACUGGAAGCUGGUGAAGUGCUUGAUGGAGAUCCUCAAACCCUUUGAAGAUGCCACCAUGCUGGUGACUCGCCCCGAUGCCACUCUCUGCCAAGCACUUCCUCUCCUUUGGUUCUUGGAGGAACAACUCCGUUCACUGAGGACCAGGUACUACCAGGAGAACAACAACAUGGUUGCCCAUCUCACCACCCAGGCCCUGGAUUGUUUGGAGGCUGACAUCCAACUGAGAGGGGUGAAGAACAGCAUGAUCUUUCGGGUGGCAGCUUUCCUGGAUCCUCGCUUCCGAGACAUCACCACCAUGAAGCUGGGUGGCACAGAUAUGAGUGAGGCAGCCAUGCUGAAGGAGCACAUCCUUGACCUGGCAACCAGAGCCUACGUGCCCCAGGGACCAGACGUUGAGUUUUCGUCCAUCAACGAUUCCUCUCCACAACCUUCCAGUAGUUCUUCCAACCCACCUGGUUCGGCCGCAUGGCAGUUCACCAUGAAACGUUGGAGGACCAUUACCAAAAGUGACCCAGCCAUGGGUCUGGCUGCUGAAGGGGGAGCUGCCGUAGCCCUCCGGGAACUGGAGGAAUACCUCCAUGACAACGUGGACCACGUGGGAGAAAAUGCCGACCCCAUGUUGUAUUGGCAAGGAAAGAUGGGGCUUUGGCCAACUCUCUUCAAGGUCGCCGUGUUUUAUUUCGGCUGUCCACCGACUUCAGCGUCCUCUGACAACCUCUCCUUUGUUGCCACUUCCUUGGCAGCAGGAGACCAUCCCAUGUCCCUCUCUCCGGCCAACCUGAAGAUGUUUGCCUUCAUCCGGAAGAAUCGGCACCUCAUCCCUCAGGACUGGAGGCUUUCUCUUGGAGACCUUUCUUCCUCCCAGAACGCGAUAGACCCCAGGGAGGACUUGGAUACAGAAGAGGAAGAUGAUCUACUGAGAGCAGAUGAGGAACCAGAAGAGGACUGAGAAACUGAAUACCCUGAAAGUUAGAGCACAUGUGUCAAACCCAAGUCUCAUGGGUUGACUCCAGCCCACCAUGCCAUUUUAUGUGGCUCUCCAGAUGCUGGACUAUAACAGCUGUAUUCUUCGUCAUUUAGCAUCAUGACUACUGCUGAUGGGAGUUGUGAUGCAGUAAUAGCACCUGGAAGGCUGUAGUUUGUUCUGUUUAGUCAGGGUUUGGAUUUAGACAAAAGGUUUGUGGAUAUGAUACCUGAUUUUAAAAUGGCUUUUAACCUUUUUCCAACCUCAGAACCUCAGUGCAGUUCGGCUGUAAUUCUCAUGAUCCACAUGCUGUACAAUCAAAAGGAUGCAAGUUAUCAUUCAGUAAUAUCUGAGGAUCCAAACUGGGCAAAAACUAUUUAUUUUUAUUUAUUUAUCAUGUCAGAAGCAAGUUGAGAGUACAGUUAAAAUGCAUUUAAAAACACAAACAAAGUUUUAAAACUUGACAUUGUGCUAAAUGUCCUUUGACCAGAAGCUGGCCACUUGGAGUGCCUCUGGUGUUGCUGUGAGAAGGCCCUCCAUUGUGUAUGUGGUGGGGCUCAGGUUGCAUUGUAGUAGGUGGUCUGUGGUUUGCUCUUCUUCGCACUUGCAUGUCUUGGGCUCCACUUUGUAGCCCCAUUUCUUAAGGUUAGAUCUACAUCUUCUGUGUGCUCAGGAGGGAGUUUCUCAUCUGGUCUCAGCCACUGAUUGAGGUGGUGGGUUUUAGCCUGCCACUUUUGGACUCUCGCUUGCUGAGGUGUUCCUGCGAGUAUUUCUGUAGAUCUUAGGAAGCUGUUUCUUGAUUUAAGGUAUUGGCAUGCUGGUUGAUAUCCAAACAGAGGAUGGACCGGAGAUGUCAGUGCCUUGGUCUUUUCAUUGCUGGCUGCUAUUUCCUGGUGGAUGUCAGGUGGUGCAAUACCAGUUAAGCAAUGUAAUUUCUCCAGUGGUGUGGGGUGUAGACACCCUGUGAUAAUGUGGCAUGUCUCAUUAUGAGCCACAUCCAUUGUUUUAACGUGGUGAGAUGUAUUCCACACUGGGCAUGCAUAUUCAGCAGCAGAGUAGGAAAGUGCAUUGUUGAAUGAAUGCAUUUUGACACCACUUUUACAUCCAUGGCUCAAUGCUAAGAUAUCACGAGAGCUGUCAUUUUGCAAGCCUUAUAACACAUCCAUGCAUCCCUUGGGCAACGUCUUCGUAGACAGCUGAUUCUCUCACACCUGAAGCGACUUGCAGCAUGCAACCAAACAAACAAACAAGCAAAUGCGUAAAAACUAAGACCACAGUGUAAACAAAAUAUAGUUGUCCCCCUGUAUCCAUGGAUUCCGUCACCCUUUGAAGGAAACCAUAAGGUUGGUGUGAUCCUUGAUGAAAAUGAGUUCAACACUCCUGGAUUAGUGGAUGGCAGACAUGUUUGUGUUUGCUUCAGGGUAAGAAAGAGAGGGGGAUUGUUGUGAUUUUUCCUGUGUUGGGUUAGAAUUUGCCUCUCCAUUUCCACAAGCAGAUUCUUGGAACCCAGAAGUUGAAAAGCAUUUUCCAGAUUUGUUAUUGAUGGGAUGGCAAAAUUCUUACCACUUUUUACCAUUUUUACAGCAUACAUUUAUUACCAUUUUUUUACAACAUAGGGUUGCUGUGAGUUUUCCGGGCUGUAUGGCCUGAAUAAAAUCUGGCUACCAGUACUUAAAAAAACCUCUAAACUCAGGACAGUAAAUAAAGAACAACACUCAGAAGAAGGGAAUUCCUGACAUGAAACAAUCAGGGCCAGCUCACACAUCCUAGGCAGGAAGCAGCCAGACUUGGAAGCUGCAAGGUCAUCCAAUGCAAAAUAUCCAAAAUCCCUGCUCUCCAGGUGUUUUGUUGGACUGCAACUCUCACCAUUCCUAACAGGGUUGCUGU